CAAUCAAUUUGCUUUGAGCCGUCUUAUCGUCAACAUGUUAUUUUUGUCUUUAAUAUUAGCAACAAUCAUUUUAUUAAUAGUGCUGCACGAUUACAUAAGCAGAUCAAAAAGACUUAUUAGAAAGAUUCCUGGACCUAAGAGUUACCCUAUUAUUGGAAACACUAUUCCUUAUAUUUUGUCACCUGAAAAUCUUUUUCAUUAUCUCCGAACAUUACACAACACCUAUGGAGAGCUUAAUCAAGUGCACGCUUUGUCCGUGCAAGCGGUAAAUGUUUUCAGCCCUGAAGAUAUGGAGGUCAUACUGUCCUCGACCAAACAUAACGAUAAACAGUUACCCUAUACUUUUCUUAAGCCAUGGCUAGGGGAGGGACUUCUGACGAGCAAUGGCCUGAAGUGGCACCAAAGAAGAAAGCUAUUAACGAAAGCAUUCCAUUUCAAUAUAUUAAAAAAAUAUUCCGCGACCUUUACUGAACAAACACAAGAAUUUAUCAAAAAGGUACAUGAAGAGACGAAAAAAUCCAAAACUGAUGUCUUGCCAUUGAUAUGUUCGGCCACAUUACAUAUUAUGUGUGAAACCGCUAUACCCGCAACAAGGAAUGAGGGUAUUCAAACAAUAACUCAAAAAUAUUUUAAAUCCAUACAUACGGUCGGCGAAGCUGUUGUUGAAAGAAUGUGCAGAGUGUGGCUUUAUUUUGAUCCUUUCUUUAAACUGACAAAAACUGCAAAAGAACAAGAAACAGCGUUAAAGGAAUUGCAUACGUUCACCAAUAAGAUAAUAGCCGACAGGAAAGAAUUUGUAAAAAAUUUUGAUGUCAGUAAGUAUAUUGAUAGCGAUGAGUAUGAUAAUUCAAAGGGGAAAUUGACGAUGUUAGAUCUUCUUCUCGAAAAUGAAAAAACUGGAAAUAUAGAUUUGGAAAGCAUAAGGGAAGAAGUGGACACGUUUAUGUUUGAGGGCCACGACACUACAGCCAUGGCGUUAUCCUACUUUAUUAUGGCAAUAGCGAAUGAACCAGCAAUUCAACGGAAAAUAUAUGAAGAAAUGGAGCAAAUAUUUAGUGAUUCUAAACGUUUAGCAACCAUGGCCGAUUUACAUGAGAUGAGAUAUUUGGAAUGCUGUAUAAAGGAAUCACUACGACUGUAUCCUAGUGUGCCAUUCAUAGCUCGAAACUUGACUCAGGAGACUGUAUUAAGUGGAUAUACAGUCCCAGCAAAUACUUUUGUGCAUUUGUUUAUAUACGAUUUACAUAGACGUCCCGAUCUCUUCCCUGAUCCUGAGAGAUUUAUUCCGGAAAGAUUCUUGCCACAAAACUGUUUGAAUAGGCAUCCAUACGCAUACAUCCCUUUUAGUGCUGGUUCCAGAAAUUGUAUAGGACAAAAGUUUGCGAUGCUCGAAAUGAAAACGGUUUUAUCGAGUUUGAUAAGACAAUUCCACAUAGAGCCUGUGACAAAACCUUCAGAACUUCGAUUCAGGACAGACCUGGUGCUGCGCACAACCCAUCCUAUUUAUGUGAAGUUUAAAAACAGGGAAUAGUUCCAUUAUUAUUGUUUUAUAAUUAGUAUACCUAAUCCUGUUUAAUCAUUGCAAGCAGGUUUAUUGUGAGGGUGUCUUAAACAUUUAGAAUUCACGACUCAAUAGGAUUAGAAAACGUAUUAAGUAAAUGUUAAAAGAUCAGAGCUAUGUCUUGGAAGCGGUUUUUUAAAUAAGUAAUAAAAGAUGAAAAUUA